AUGAUUUCGACUGUGGGAAUGGGUACAGUUGACGAUAUGAAUCAUUUAAAAAAUAAGCGUAUUCGUUCUGUAGCGGAUCUCUUACAAGAUCAAUUCGGAUUGGCUCUGGUUCGUUUAGAAAAUGUGGUUAGAGGAACUAUAUGUGGAGCAAUUCGGCAUAAAUUGAUACCGACCCCUCAAAAUUUGGUAACUUCAACUUCAUUAACAACCACCUUUGAAUCCUUUUUCGGAUUGCACCCAUUAUCUCAAGUUUUGGAUCGAACUAAUCCAUUGACCCAAAUAGUUCAUGGGAGAAAAUUGAGUUAUUUGGGUCCGGGGGGAUUGACGGGGCGAACUGCGAGUUUUCGGAUACGAGAUAUCCAUCCUAGUCACUAUGGACGCAUUUGCCCAAUUGACACAUCUGAAGGAAUCAAUGUUGGACUUAUUGGAUCCUUAUCAAUUCAUGCCAAGAUUGAUGCUUGGGGGUCUUUAGAAAGCCCAUUUUAUAAAAUCUCUGACAGAUCAAAAAAAAAACGGAUGCUUUUUUUAUCACCAAAUAGAGACGAAUACUCUAUGGUAGCGGUAGGAAAUUCUUUGGCGAUCAAUCGAAGUGUUCAAGAGGAGCAGGUUGUUCCGGCUCGAUACCGUCAAGAAUUCCUGACUGUUGCGUGGGAACAGGUUCAUUUUCGAAGUAUUUUUCCCUUCCAAUAUUUUUCCAUUGGGGCUUCCCUCAUUCCGUUUAUCGAGCAUAAUGAUGCUAAUCGAGCUUUGAUGAGUUCAAAUAUGCAACGUCAAGCAGUUCCGCUUUCUCGGUCCGAGAAGUGCAUUGUUGGAACUGGAUUGGAACGCCAAGUGGCCCUCGAUUCAGGGGCCACCGCUAUAGCCGAACAUGAGGGAAAGAUAAUUUCUACCGAGAUUGAUAAGAUCCUUUUAUGGGGCAAUGAAGAUACUCUAAGCAUUCCAUUAGUUAUGUAUCAGCGUUCCAACAAAAAUACUUGUAUGCAUCAAAAAACUCAGGUUCGACGGGGUAACUGCAUUAAAAAGGGACAAGUUUUAGCGGAUGGUGCCGCUACAGUUGGCGGCGAACUUGCCUUGGGCAAAAACGUAUUCGUAGCGUAUAUGCCGUGGGAAGGUUACAAUUUUGAAGAUGCGGUUCUUAUUAGCGAACGUCUGGUAUAUGAAGAUAUUUUUACUUCUUUUCACAUACGUAAAUAUGAAAUUCAGACUCAGGCAACAAGCCAAGGACCUGAAAGGAUCACUAAUGAAAUACCACAUUUAGAAGCCCAUUUACUCCGAAAUUUAGACAAAAAUGGAAUUGUUAUGUUGGGAUCUUGGGUCGAGACAGGUGAUAUUUUAGUAGGUAAAUUAACGCCUCAAAUCGCGAAAGAAUCAUCGUAUGCCCCGGAAGAUAGAUUAUUACGAGCUAUCCUUGGAAUUCAGGUAUCUACUUCAAAGGAAACCUGUCUAAAACUACCUAUAGGUGGUAGGGGUCGAGUGAUUGAUGUGAGAUGGAUCAGGAAACGGGGGGGUUCCAGCUAUAAUCCAGAAACGAUUCGUGUAUAUAUAUUACAAAAACGUGAAAUCAAAGUCGGCGAUAAAGUAGCUGGAAGACAUGGGAAUAAAGGCAUCAUUUCAAAAAUUUUGCCUAGACAAGAUAUGCCUUAUUUGCAAGAUGGAAGACCAGUUGAUAUGGUCUUCAAUCCGUUAGGGGUGCCUUCACGAAUGAAUGUAGGACAGAUAUUUGAAUGCUCCCUUGGGAUAGCAGGAGGUCUGCUAGAUACACAUUAUCGCAUAGCACCGUUUGAUGAGAGAUAUGAGCAAGAGGCUUCAAGAAAACUUGUGUUUUCUGAAUUAUAUGAAGCCAGUAAACAAACAGCAAAUCCGUGGGUAUUUGAACCCGAAUUCCCGGGAAAAAGUAUAAUAUUUGAUGGAAGAACGGGAGAUCCUUUUGAACGGCCUGUUAUAAUAGGAAAGUCUUAUAUAUUAAAGUUAAUUCAUCAAGUUGAUGAUAAAAUACAUGGACGUUCCAGCGGGCAUUAUGCACUUGUUACACAACAACCCCUUAGAGGAAGGGCCAAGCAAGGGGGUCAACGGGUAGGAGAAAUGGAGGUUUGGGCUCUAGAGGGAUUUGGUGUUUCUCAUAUUUUACAAGAGAUGCUUACUUAUAAAUCGGAUCAUAUUAGAGCUCGCCAAGAAGUUCUUGGUACUACGAUCAUUGGAGGAGCAGUGCCUAAACCGGAAGAUGCUCCAGAAUCCUUUCGAUUGCUCGUUCGAGAAUUACGAUCUUUGGCUCUGGAACUGAAUCAUUUCCUUGUAUCUGAGAAGAACUUCCAGAUUAAUAGGAAGGAAGCUUAA